AUGUUUUCAGCAUCCUGCCGCGUCUGGGUUAAGGUCAAAACUAUUAAAGUCAGUAAUGUUUCCUUGGGAGCAUAUGAACAAGACCUUAAGGAGUUCUUUUCCUUUUCUGGUGAUAUUGAAUAUGUUGAAAUGCAAAGUCAUGACGAACGAUCUCAAAUUGCCUUUGUCACUUUCAAGGACCCACAAGGUGCUGAGACUGCAGUACUACUAUCGCCCUUCCAAAGUAUGGAUGCUCCUCUGUUGGUGGUAUAUAUGAAGCACGGACACCUUGAACACAACACCGACACCGACACAACAGCACUGGGAAUAGAUAAUGGUUUUGAGGUUGUUGUGCAUCAUGCUGGUGAAUUUAGUGAGUUUAGUGAGUUUAUGAAAUUAGGUUAUCAAGGGUUAAAGGAGUGGAGAGCCUUGUGGUAUCAUGAUGCAAUUAAGAUUAAUGAAAUUGUUCCAUUGAAGGAUGACACGGGUGCAAAUAGGAUGAAAACCAUUGCAAUGGUUAAUGGGAAUGUCCAUUUAUACGUCUUCCAUCCAAUUCUACAAUUUGAUAUCUUAGAAAAGUCAGUACUUUUACUUGAGUAUAAUGUUGUAGGACCUAGUGAGAAGGUAUGGAAUGGUGUGCAAAAAGACAAUAUGAAUGAAGUGAGUAAUAUAGUAUAA